CCGCUGGUACCAUCUCCGUCUCCGCAGAGACCCAGAGGCUGACCCUGGUGCUUUCAGCCCUGCUGCCGCCACCUGCCUCCCACCUCCUCAGUGCCCGUGCCACCGCCCAUGGCCCCUGAGAUGGACCAGUUCUACAGGUCCACCAUGGCCAUCUACAAGAGCAUCAUGGAGCAAUUCAACCCCGCCCUGGAGAACCUGGUAUACCUGGGCAACAACUACCUCCGGGCUUUUCAUGCUCUGUCCGAGGCAGCCGAGGUGUACUUCAGCGCCAUCCAGAAGAUCGGGGAGCAGGCCCUGCAGAGCUCCACCUCCCAGAUUCUAGGGGAGAUCUUGGUGCAGAUGUCGGAUACCCAGCGACAUUUGAACUCAGACCUGGAGGUGGUGGUGCAGACCUUCCAUGGGGACCUGCUUCAGCACAUGGAGAAGAACACCAAGCUGGACAUGCAGUUCAUCAAAGACAGCCGCCAGCACUACGAGAUGGAGUACCGCCACCGAGCCGCCAACCUGGACAAGUGCAUGUCUGAGCUGUGGCGCAUGGAGCGCAAGAGGGACAAGAACGUGCGGGAGAUGAAGGAGAGCGUGAACCGGCUCCACGCGCAGAUGCAGGCCUUCGUGUCCGAGAGCCAGCGAGCGGCCGAGCUGGAGGAGAAGCGCCGCUACCGCUUCCUGGCCGAGAAGCACCUGCUGCUCUCCAACACCUUCCUGCAGUUCUUCGGCCGGGCCCGGGGGACGCUGCAGAAUCGCGUGCUGCUGUGGAAGGAGCAGGCGGAGUCUAGCCGCGGCCCGUCGCGCGCGCACUCCCCGGGGCUGUUGGGGUCCGCGCUGGGGCCGCCCUACCCCUCGGGCCGCCUGACGCCCACCCGCCUGGACAUGCCCCCGAGGCCCCUGGGAGAGUUCGGCGCCCCCCGCAGCCGGCACGGCUCCGGCUCCUACGGCCCCGAGCCCGCCGAGGCGAGGUCCGCGUCCCAGCUGGAGCCAGAUCGCCGGUCCCUGCCCCGGACGCCGUCGGCCACCUCGCUCCACCCGGGCAGCGCGCAGCGCUCGCGGUCCAACUCCUUCGGCGAGCGCCCGGGAGGCGGUGGCGCCCGGAGAGUCCGCGCCCUGGUCUCCCAUUCGGAGGGUGCCAACCACACUCUGCUGCGCUUCUCGGCCGGGGACGUCGUGGAGGUGCUGGUGCCCGAGGCUCAGAAUGGCUGGCUCUAUGGCAAGCUGGAGGGCUCGUCCACGAGCGGUUGGUUCCCUGAGGCCUAUGUGAAGCCUUUGGAGGAGGUGUCCAUGAACCCUGUGAACUCCUUGAAUCCCAUGGCACCCAUGACCUCUAUGAGCCCCCUGAACGACAUGCCUUCCAGGUCCUACCCCCUCCGGGGCAGCCACAGUCUUGAUGACCUUCUGGAUCGGCCGGGCAACCCUACAGCAUCUUCAGAGUACUGGGAUGGCCAGCCCUGUUCCCGGGCUCCGGUCCGUGUCCCCAGCCGUGCGCCCAGCCCCUCACCCACACCCUUGCCAGGCAGUCGGAGAAACAGUGUGGGCAGCAUGGGGGCAGCUACAGAUGUCAAGAAACUUAUGUCCUGGGAGCAGCACCCCCCGGAGCUCUUCCCACGGGGCACAAAUCCCUUUGCUACCGUGAAGCUGCGCCCCACCGUCACCAAUGACCGCUCAGCUCCCCUCAUCCGCUGAGGUGCUGUCGUUCACCAGGGCCUGAGGUGGCCCAGCACACCCGCCCAGCGCUGUUCUGGCCAGCAGUGACAACAGCCGCCGCCGCCGCCGCCGCAGCAACAGCAGCAGCAGCAGCAGCAGCAAGGAAUCCAAGAUGCCAGGCCCUAUUACCCAGGGAACUGUCCUUCCCCCUCUGCCCUCAGCCUGGCAGCUUCCAGGGUUGGGGCUGCAACACAGCAGGCAGAAUUGGGGGACAGGAACUUAUUCCUUCCAGGGAUUUGGAGACUCUCCCCAGGAGGCCAACCUCUUGCCCACCCCAGCCUCUUUUUCCCUUUCCUGCCCAGAGGGGAGGAGCCCCUUGUUCCGCUCCCUGUCCCAAUCAUGUUCC